AUUAUAGAUCGUACCUUCCUGCUUCGUCCGCCAUUGAAACGCAGAACAGAGGAGCAGAGUUCGCAGUCGCAAAAUCCAUUAUUUCUCUCCUGCUUGUGGGGGUUCCGGAAGCUCAUCUCACCUGGGAAAUCGAUUCAAUCACCAGCCCCGUAAUCUGAUUGUGCAAGAAGGAUGCCGGGGUUGACGUGCAACGCCUGCAACAAGGAGUUCAACGACGAUGCUGAGCAGAAGCUCCAUUACAAGUCAGAAUGGCACCGCUACAAUCUCAAGCGCAAGGUCGCUGGAGUUCCUGGGGUGACCGAGACUCUGUUCUUAGCUAGACAAGCUGCAAUCGCCCAAGAGAGGAAUAAGUCUAGUGAAACUCCCAUGCUCUAUAGCUGUGGCAUUUGUAACAAAGGAUACCGCAGCAAUAAGGCCCUUGACCAGCAUCUCAAUUCACGGAAUCAUAUCGCGAGGGUUUCUCAAGGUACGGGAAAUCAGGAAGAGGAGAGGACAACGGUUAGACCGCUACCCCAUCGUGCUGUGAAUAAGCCUGUCACACGCAAACAGCUUGCCAAUGUUGAAAGCGAGGAGAGUGAGGAUGAGUGGGAAGAAGUUGGUUCAGAUGAGGAGUUGGCUGGGGAGGCGACAAAAUCUAUGAGUGGGUUGAACGAGGAUGAGGACCAUGACAUGGAGGAAGUGAGCGGUGAGGAAGAUGAUGACUUAUUUGAGUUGGACCCAUCAUGUUGCUUUAUGUGCGAUCACAAGCAUAAUAGCAUCGACCGCUGCAUGGUUCACAUGCACAAACAGCACGGGUUCUUCAUUCCCGAUGUUGCGUAUUUGAAAGACCCAAAGGGGCUCCUCACCUAUCUUGGUCUCAAAGUGAAGAGAGAUUACAUGUGCUUGUACUGUAACGAUCGCUGCCAUCCCUUCAGCAGCGUGGAAGCAGUUCGAAAGCAUAUGGCUGCCAAAGGCCAUUGCAAGGUGCACUAUGGAGAUGGUGGGGAAGAGGAAGAAGCGGAAUUAGAAGAGUUCUACGAUUAUAGCAGCAGUUACAUGGACGAGGAUGGGAAACAACUGGUUGCAGUUGGGGACUCGGGCAGCAACGUACAACUUGGAACUGCUGGGUCUGAGCUCAUCAUAACUCGGAGAACUGAUGCUGGAGUUUCCACCAAAUCCCUAGGCUCACGAGAGUACAUGUGCUACUAUCGCCAAAAGCCUCGCCCAUCAUCUGUGAAUGAUGCAGCUCUUACUAUCGCACUGGCUUCAAGUUACCGGAGCAUGGGAUUAGCCACUGUGCAGUCAAGGGAGCAAAUGGUGAGGAUGAAGGUCAUGAAGGAGAUGAAUAGGUCGGGUGUGGAAGCAAUGCGAACCAAGAUCGGGAUGAAGAGUAAUGUCAUCAGAAAUCUGCCCAAGAACGUCCCGUAUUAGUCCACUGGUGGUUGUAUAAUUUAUCUCUGCCUCUAUUAUAUGCUUAGAGAACAUACAUAAAUAUGCAGAGAUGGAAAUGGCAUUAUAUGCACACCGGUUUCUUAAGAAUCCUAGUCGAAGGUUUUUUCUUUUUUCUUAUUUUCUGGGCGCAGAUACGGCUUGUAACGAGUGACUUACCAUGCCAUGGUCCAUGGUUUCAAAUGAAAAAUCUGGCGAAUGAAUCUGUCUCAGUUAAUUA